AUAUAAAUAUAGGGACUCAUGCACAAACUGCGAAACAAAGGUAAUCAAUCCAGUUAAUUGUUGUAUUUUAUUUAUAUAAUUUAUCACUUACAGUCCCAGUCUUAUUUAUUUUAACAAGAACAAGAUGUUUACAGAAAUCCAUAAAAUUGUUGUAUUAUCCAUAUUUUUCCACACAUAUAUUUACGCACAAGAUGUUCAGAACGUUGGAGUUAAUCUUAAUGUGAAAAAUGACCCCUUUGCAACCCCGGGUGUAGACCCGUUUGGUAAUAUGAAAUCAAGUACUAGUUCAGACAAAACUGCAAUCAAGACAAGUAAAUCUUCUACGACAAGACACAUUUCGACAAGAAAAGAAACUAAUGUUCAAGGAUUAGACAAGGAACCAGUUGUGGGUGCUGAAAAUUUAAAAACUGAAAACGCCGCAAUCAGUUCCACUGGAACCAGUACAAGUCAGACAAACAAUGUCCAAAGUGCAGGGACAACAGUUUCGAAAGAAAACAGACGUACAGAUGUGAACGCCGUUAAAGCAAGUGACACAGCGUCAUCUAAUUCACGUAGUUCAAACCGACGUGUACCAAGAAAAAGGAAUAAAAAACAGAAAACAGAAAUCGAUACUACAACAAGAAGUAACAGACAACAGAAUAGAGUAAAUCAAGAGGUAUCAAGACAGUCAACUACUGGAACAAAAACCAAUACUGCAAAGAACUCUAAAGGACAAACAAGCAGUACUAGAACAGUAGUUUCCGAGAGAUCCCAAACUAGUGGUUCAGUACAAUUGAACCCACAAACAGUAAGAACGUCAAACACAGAUACAAGAAAUGUGUUGAGAAAAGAUGGAGCUUUUUCGUCAGACAUUGAUUUUAAUGGUGCUUUAAGAAGAGAUGAACAACUCGGAAUGGAGUUUGAUGUACCAACAACUGAGAAACCAAUUAGAUAUUUCAGACAACUUUUUGCCGAUCAAAGGAUAUGUGAAAUUCAAAACUGUUAUAGCACCGACUGUUAUUUUGAACAUCCUGGUGACUGUAGGAAAUACAUUCGUUGUACGGCUAGUGCUGAGGGUGCUGGCAUGGAGGCUCUAGAAAUGAAUUGUGCUUUUGGAACCUUUUGGUCUAGAAUGAAAAAUACAUGUGAUACUGCAUCAAACGUAGUAUGUCCAAAUGAUCCAUGUAGAGAUAGAACACUCAAGAGUUACCCGUCAGGUUUGAACUGCAGAAGUUACUGGACCUGUGUUAAUGGUCGGUCAGAUGCAGAAUGUUGUCCUGCUAAUGAGGCUUAUGAAAACGGCUUCUGCCAAGCAAGCGAUUCCUGUAAGAUAGAUGACGCUGAAUGUCCAUAUAAAUUGAGAGGUGAUAUGCCAGAAAAGAAGAAGAAAAACAGCUGUCCCUUUGAAAGUCACCCAAAAGAUGAAUCACUAUAUGUCCUGAAAUAUUACGGGACAGUAAUGAAUUGUGCCACUGGAACACGCUUUGAUGAGGAGCAAUGCACAUGUGUUCGAGCUGUUUUCAAAAGAAUCAGAUGUGUGCCGACUACAGACAUAUCAUUUAACGGUAAAAGAGUCAUCAGCGGUCGCAGUUAUAUCGAAACAAGCAACGUUACAUUAACAGAAAGAUCAGGUGGUCGAUUCAACGGACGAGCAGCGAUCUCUGUUCCAUACUUCAAGUCUAAUCAGAACAUCGAGAGACACUUGGUUGUUCAAAUGAGAUUUUAUCACAAUGGCAAAGAAGGAUAUGAUUCACAAGUACUGAUCUCUAACUGUAAGACAGUAUCCAGCAACGAACUAUCACCAUCGUUUGCAAUUCUUCUUUCAAAGACAAAAAAUCAAAUUAUUUUCUUUAUUUCGACUAAACAAGGAAACAUGGACAAGUCUGGUGGAACUGCUUCAAUUUCAUUGCCAUACACGCCAGGAAGUUGGACAGUGGUAGAGAUGAAGUACAUAAACCAACAGUUAAAUGCUACCGUACAAACAUUCCAGGCUGAUGGCUCAUCAACACAGGUCAACGAUGUUAAAGAUUUAAAGGGAAGAAUCAAACCCAGUGUUGAGCCAGUGAUGGUUGGUAAUUGUAACAUGAACGACGGAUUUGUUGGCUAUAUUGACGAGGUAAAAAUAUAUUUAUGCGAUCCUAACGAAGUUUGAUAGUAGUACCUGUACAUAGUUCCUGCUGUCGAUAGUGCUCAACUCAUAUAAACCCAAUGUUUUACAUGCUGAAUUUAAAAUGAUAACAACUUGAAUGGAUUUAAUUGUAAUGAAUUGCAAUAACUGCCACAGAAAUAUUCAAAAUGUAUAGAUCGAUUGCAUAGAUUGUUAAGAACAAUUGUUGUCAACAUAACAAAACAACAACAAAAAAGUCCAUACAAGCAUACUGUUACGUUAACCAUAUACAACUACAUUUGUAUAGUUGAAUGUAUUUAUUUUUUAAAUAAUAAAAGUAUUUAUAACUA